GCUGGGCGAAGGCAGUCAAAGAGGGUCAUUUUGCUGUUAUUUCCCCAAAUCUCUCCAAGACCCCACAAUCAAAACAAAUCGACCACGCGUGCUUUUCCCGCAGCAAUGACGUCACGUAAGCCCUCCCCUUCCCCGCAAGUAAACAGAAAACGUUGAGGAAAACGUCCAUGUCAGUCCCCCUACCUGUGUUUGACGCGGGGGACGUGCCGCGAGAGACAAAAGUGGACAUUAAUGCGGCGUUUCCCGUGCGUUUUUAGCAAACGUGCGAGAUUUCGUGGCCAGCUGACACGCGCUGGAGCGAUGAAGGGAGAGGCGGAAGUGAAGUCACUUGACAGACCGUCCAUGUUAUUAUUGUUAUUUUGGUAGCCCUGUGAUGAGACGGGCUGGGGAGCCGUUGGUCUGCGAGACGACGACCGUUAACGUUACCGCAGGCCGCCCCGGAACGACACCACCACCACCGCCACCACCUCACUGACCCGGAGACAGGAGCCUCGCUGACGGCUGGGUCGGGGGGGGAGGAGGAGGGCGUGAGGACCCAGCUCCAGCUCGGCUCCUACACUCCAGCCGACCAAAAAUAAAACGGCGACAAAAACAAUAACGGCAAACAGCUCGACUUGUGUCUGUGGGGUUUGUAGCAGGGACGUGCCGCCGCAGACAUGAACGGUAUCACCAAGGGCCGGUUCGAGGUGUUCUCAAACAGCGAUGAAGCCCCCAUUAACAAGAAGCUCCCCAAAGAGCUUCUUCUUAGAAUAUUCUCCUAUCUAGAUGUGGUCACACUCUGUAGGUGUGCCCAAGUAUCCAAGGCAUGGAAUGUCCUGGCCCUAGAUGGCAGCAACUGGCAGAAGAUUGACUUGUUCAACUUCCAGACAGACAUAGAGGGCCGGGUGGUGGAGAACAUAUCGAAGCGUUGUGGAGGCUUCCUGAGGCAGCUGAGCCUCAGGGGCUGCCUGAGCGUGGGAGAUGCCUCCAUGAAGACAUUUGCUCAGAACUGCAGAAACAUCGAAGUAUUGAACCUGAACGGAUGCACCAAGAUCACAGACAGCACCUGUGUGAGCCUCAGCAAGUUUUGCUCCAAACUCAAGCAGCUAGAUCUCACCUCCUGCGUGUCCAUCAGCAACCACUCCCUCAAGGCCCUCAGCGAUGGCUGCAGAAUGCUGGAGGUGUUGAACUUGUCGUGGUGUGACCAGAUCACACGUGAUGGCAUUGAGGCUCUGGCUAGAGGCUGCAAUGGUUUACGGGCGCUGUUCCUCAGAGGCUGCACACAGUUGGACGAUGGAGCGUUGAAGCACCUUCAGAAACACUGCCCAGAACUCACCACCAUCAAUAUGCAGUCUUGCACACAAAUAACAGAUGAAGGUCUGGUCAGUCUGUGCCGAGGAUGCCACAAGCUACAGAUCCUUUGUGUUUCUGGCUGCAGUAACAUCACUGACGCCUCCCUCACUGCAAUGGGGCUCAACUGUCCCAGACUCAAGAUCCUUGAAGCUGCACGAUGCUCUCACGUUACAGACGCAGGGUUCACUGUGCUGGCCAGGAAUUGUCAUGAGCUUGAAAAAAUGGACUUAGAAGAAUGUAUUUUGGUGACAGAUAACACCCUGGUUCAGCUGUCAAUCCACUGCCCCCGCUUGCAAGCACUGUCCCUGUCCCACUGCGAGCUGAUCACUGACGAUGGCAUCAGAGCUCUAAGCAGCAGUACUUGUGGCCAAGAGCGCCUCACCGUGGUGGAGCUGGACAACUGCCCCCUCAUCACUGACGUGACACUGGAGCACUUGAAGAGCUGCCAUCGUCUGGAACGCAUUGAACUCUAUGACUGUCAGCAAGUCACCAGGGCCGGCAUCAAACGCAUCCGGGCCCAUCUUCCAGAGAUCAAGGUUCAUGCAUACUUUGCCCCAGUGACACCUCCUCCUUCUGUACAUGGAGGUGGCCAGCGUCUGUGCCGCUGCUGCAUCAUCCUCUGACAGUGGAGGGCCAGGGGGGGCCACCUCUGUCUACAGGUCCUGCUGCUCUGAUAUGGGCUGAAAUGGGGUUGGAGUUGGGGGUGGGGGUGGGGUAGGUGUAGGGGAGAGGAGGGGCUGGACCCACUCACUGCUCCUGAUCACUGAUCAAUACAUAAACUGGUCGCCACUGGUCGCUGAUCAGUUCAACCUGCCCCUCCUCUCUCCUCUUACUCACCAAUCAGCACUGCAGCAGCCCCAGCUUUGGGUGUGGAGGGGUGGGUGGAAAGAACAUGGAUGGAUGGACUUUUUCUCUCUCUGUCUCAUUCUCUCUUUCUCACUGUAAAGACAAAAAAAAGGUUCUCCACUCCAUUCUGCUCCUCUCACUCAUGACUCCCCACCUGUGGGCAUGGAGGACUGAAUCUGGACAGCUGGGGAUGGGGAGGGGGUCUGAACAGUGAAACUACAAUGCAUCAUGUUCAAACUUAAAAAAAAAAAAAAAAUGACGAAAAUGUCAACUGGGACAACAGUUCGCUCUGUGGAGUAUCAUCUCAACCAAUCACAUGACACCUCUAUGUGACCAUCCUGUGAUUCAUUCUGCUUUGACCAAUUAACACGCAGCAUGGAGGGAGAGGCGAGCUGGGAUGUGGGGAGACGCAGAUCUUCUGGAUAUAAAGGAAGCUUUGACACAGCCAGCUUUCUUUGACGAACAAGAAGUACAACAUGGGACAUGUGACAUAUUUGUGCAUCUGAGAAAUUUUGGUUGAAAUUUCAGUCCUGUUCGUACAGACAACGUUUUGGAAUGGGGAAAAAAAAUACAUUUAUGGCAACUCACUCGAAAUUGGGGUAGGCCAGCACAAAAUUGUUUUCUUUUCCUUUUUUUUUUGUGCUUAUUGUAAUUGUUCAUGCCUGUCUAUCCAGAGAAGGAGAUAUGUCAUUCUUUUUGAAAUGGAUAAAAGAAAAUGUUGCUGUUUGACAAAAAACAACGUAUGAUUCAGACCCUCGGUGUCUAAAAGUGCUAUGUUGACUCUGUAUGCUGCUGGGAGGAGUGGCCUCUCCUGUGCACUGCGUGGUUAUGUUGGCUCGUAGGCCCUGAUCCAGUCCUGUCAGUAGCCCUGUGCACUAGCUCCUGCCUGACCACUCAAGCAUUUGUUUACAUGCUGAAUUAGGUAAGCACCACAGACAAACUUGUUUACAUCAGUAGGAUUCCAGUCUCCCUACUGUUCAGACUGAGUUUAGUAACACUGAUAAAACUGUGGUAUACCUGCUGUUUUUAACUGGACUGUGACGUCCGUUAUUCAAAUUUAUUGCUGUGUGUAUUUGGAUAUAAAUCAGGGCUCAUGUUGGUGCAACUUUGCUUCAAAAAUGAAAUGAAAUGAAAAUUUGCUUAAAGCGGAGAUAAAAGGUACGAGAUUGUGAGCAAAGGCACAUCAACUUUUUGACAAUCACGUGAAUUUAUGUAUUUGAAAUUUGAUUUAGUGUAGUUUUGUGUAAUUGGCAAUUUACUGAUGAUGUAGGGCAUAAUGAAUUGCCUGUGUUCAGUAUACUCAACUCACUUAAUACUCCAAGCAAAGGAUAAGGAAUUAUUUAGAAUUAGACACAGGUCUGAUGAGAUCUGCCAGUCAAAUGUAUUUAAUUGAUCAGCAACAAAUUCCCAUUCAUUCAGUCAAAACAUUGAUGACAACAGGAAUAUUGUGUGGAGUGACUGGAAAGCCCCAGAGCUAACAGUUUAUUUCACUCUAUCUAGACACUUCUACAGACCAACAGGAUCUAGCCAUGCUUAAUAACACAUGUAUUGGGCCUGAAACAUCACUCCUCAAAGCACUGAAAAUACAACAAAACAGGAGCAUCUUGCAAUAUUGUGCUGCAACAACAGAUUGGCAAGUGCUGUGGAGUGCCAAGUGCUCAAAGACUGGGGAGAUUGGCAGAGCGAUGGAUAGGACUGAAACAACAAGAGCAGACAGAAAGAUAGAGAAAGACUCUGAUGGACUCGCAUACAUAGCUGAUUUGACUGGCUGUGAUACUAAUGCCCUCUCUUUGACAGCUGUUUUAACAGUUUUAUGUUUAAGAAAAUAAAGAAAUAAAUUUAAAAAAAAUAAACAAAUGAAUAAAUAAAAGUGACUAAUAGUAAAUGUA